AGCUCCACGUACUUGCUCCUUCAGCACCGUCUCUCUCACUGUCUAUUAUUUUGUUAUCUGGUAUGGCUGUCGAGAGUACAUCGGCGACAACGACGGCGGCGUCCAAGAGACCUCACGAUGAGCUGCAGUAUCUCAGCCUCAUCCGCACCGUGCUCGAAACGGGCGAGACGCGUCCAGACCGUACGGGAACUGGCACCAUUUCGCUUUUUGCCCCUCCAAAUCUUCGCUUCUCGCUCACCGACUCUACUCUACCGCUCCUGACAACUAAGCGCACGUUCUUACGCGGUAUUCUCGAAGAGCUUUUAUGGUUCGUCAAUGGUCGGACCGACUCCACUUUACUCUCGAAUAAGGGAGUGAAGAUCUGGGAUGGGAAUGGAUCAAAGGAGUUCUUGGAGAAGAGGGGGCUGGGGCAUCGGAGGGAGGGUGAUUUGGGGCCCGUUUAUGGGUUUCAGUGGCGACACUUUGGGGCGGAGUAUGUGGAUUGCGAUGCAAGCUAUGACGGGAAGGGAGUGGAUCAGUUGCAGGAGGUCGUAAGGAAGAUCAAAGAGGAUCCUACAGAUCGGAGGAUUAUUCUGAGUGCUUGGAAUCCAGCUGAUAUACCGCAGAUGGCGCUCCCGCCAUGUCAUCUCCUGUGUCAAUUUUACGUUCAUCUCCCGCAAUCCGACUCGCCACCGGGCACGAAACCCAAACUCUCAUGCCUUAUGUAUCAACGCUCCGCCGAUCUCGGUCUCGGUAUCCCCUUCAACAUCGCCUCCUACGCUGUCCUCACACACAUGAUCGCACACCUCACCGACACCGAUCCCCACGAACUUAUCAUCCAGCUCGGAGACGCGCACGUGUAUAGAGAUCACGUCGAUGCGCUGAAGGUGCAAUUAGAAAGGGAGCCGAAGGAGUUUCCGAAGUUGAGGUGGAAGCGGGGGAGGAGGGAGAGAUUGGAGGACUUUGAGAUGGAGGAUUUCGAGGUGGUCGGGUAUGAGAGUUGGCCGAGUAUUCCGAUGAAGAUGAGCGUGUAGUCCAGGAAUAGUGACGGGGCAGUGGAGAAAUGACGGAGAACUCAUGCCGUUGUACGUUUCGUAUGUAUCUCGUCCACAAUCUGUUUCUGUAGUCUUCCAUUUAUGUUAUCAUGUUUGACCUCC